AUGCCCUGCUGCCUUGACCUGAGAACUCAGGAAGCUCUGGACCACCUGCAUAGGAAUAAGACUCACACCUGCCUCUGUGUGCUUCAGUUCAACCUGGUUUGUGAUCGGAAGCAACUGAAGCAGACCUCGCAGUCAGUGUUCAUGGCUGGACUCCUUGCUGGGGCCAUCAUCUUCGGGCCCCUGAGUGACCGGACUGGUCGAAGAGCCUGCUUCCUUCUACAGCUGCUCCUGGUUGCCACUGUGGGCCUGGCCACGGCUUUUGUGCCCAGCUUUGAGCUCUACAUGGCCCUACGCUUUGCUGUGGCUACUGCUGGUGCAGGAUAUAUGUUGAGCACCAUUGCCCUGAUUUCAGAGUGGGUUGGUCCCUCGUGGAGAACACGUGCCAUAGCCCUGAACCAGGUCAUCUUUGCAGCGGGGCAGAUGGUAGUAGCCGGGAUGGCAUAUGGUGUCCGAAACUGGAGAUUCUUGCAAAUUGCUGCCUCUGCUCCAACCUUCCUGCUCUUCUUCUACUUCUGGCUUCUACCAGAAUCUGCACGGUGGCUCCUCAUCCAGGGGAAGAUAGAAGAGGCCAAACAACUGGUCAUGAAGGCAGCCUCAGUCAACAGGUGCAAGCUCUCUCCAGAGAUCCUGAACCAGUUGGUCCCAGAGGAGCAAGGCCACAAGGGGAACUUUUUAGAUCUUUUCAAGCAUCCCCAUCUGAGGAAGGUGACCCUGAUUCUCACCUGUGUCUGGUUUGUGAACAGUCUGGUAUACUAUGGUAUUAGUUUCCAAGUUGGGGAAUUUGGCCUGGACAUCUACCUGACACAGCUGAUAUUCGGAGCAGUUGAAGUACCUGCCCGCCUUUUGAGCAUCGUCAUGAUGGAGAGGUUGGGUCGCAAGUGGAGCCAGGCUGGGACUUUGAUUGUGGGUGGUGUCAUGUGUAUCACCACCAUCUUCAUCCCUUCAGAUCAGCCCAUUGUGGUCACAGUGCUGGCUGUACUAGGAAAGUUUGCCGCCUCUGCCAGCUUCACCGUUUCCUAUGUGUACACUGCUGAGCUCUUCCCCACCGUCAUCCGGCAAACAGGCAUGGGGCUGGUGAGCUUCUUCUCAAGGAUCGGGGGCAUCCUCACUCCACUUAUCCUCCUGCUGGGUGACUACCACAUGGCCAUCCCUAUGCUCAUCUUCGGCAGCACCCCCAUUGUGGCAGGAGCACUCUGUUUCCUGCUGCUUGAGACACAUGGCCAGAGCCUGAAGGAUACCAUCCAGGACCUGAAUCCAUGUCCCCACCCAAGGUCCUUGAAUGCAGAGACCCUGGAAAAACGAAAAGAGCCUGCAGGAAAUGUUACAAUUCAACAACAUUCACUGUGAACAUCUUGUACUUCUUACUGUGGUCAUUAUGAGCCAGGCCAUCAUUAGGAAGCGGCUCUCUACACCUCCUCUCAAUAUGGCCAAACACUAUUGAGAAUACGAGGGCAGAACCAGCAUGGCUUCCCCAGGCAGCACACCGCAGCCUGGCUUCAGCCCCAGCUCCGGUCCCCUAAUGAGGAGCCCAAGCCCAGAUAUGCUGCCCUCUCUGACUCCUCCUCUCUAGAGCCUCACACUAAUAAACUAUGCUACAGUCUUAGUGUGU